AUGGUUGCUCCUUCUGUUCCUGUGCUACCUGGUGGGGAUUCCAGCUUUAUCAACCUUUUGGGAAACCAAAAACAUAGAAAAGGUCGGAGAUAUUACCAGAGAGAAAAAGAAGAGAAAGAGAGGCUGAUGUCUAUCCUGAAAAGCCCCCUGGGCCAGCAUCACGAUACCAUCCGCUUUCGUCACCUAUUAUGUCCAGACCUGUCUUGUGAGAUUUGUAAUGAUAUAACUGCUGAGGUCAAUUGGCUGCUGUCCUCAGAUGCCCCUGAAGAUGCUACUCGCUCUGCGUCCCCUUUGGCUUCCACAGAUUCUGUGACUGAGUCAUCAUUCACUUGGCCCCCUGCAUUCUCAGCAGUACCUCCAAGAGACCUAAUAUCAGCUCCUCUGUCUGAGCCUUUCCCACUGCCUCCCCCAAUUCUCUCCCUUAACCCAUUAACCCCCUUAGCUGACUUUCUUUCACUUUCACCACCGGGUCACUCUCUGCCACCAGAGCCUUUUCCUCCUUUGGAAUCUGAACUCCCAGCGGACCAUUCCCAACCUCAACCUUUUGCCUUUCCCCCUCUCCCACUACAUGCCACUCAGAGAGUAGAUACUCUUCUCCAACCAGAAGCCACUUUGACUCUGAAUACCAUCUUUCUUGACCCCUCCCUUUCCCAAGAUAUCAACCCCUUACUAGAUUUGUCCCAGACAAUGAAUCUCACUGAUUCAUCUGCUUGUCAUCACGUACCACCAAUACUGUCUACUUCACCAACACCAGAGUGCAUGACAACUGUGCCUCAAUCUCAAUCAAUUUCCAAGCCUGUUCCAGAGAACUCAUCUCCAGAUAGUCCUGGUGCUUUGUCCGAUUAUAUCCCAGCAAUCGCAGGCAUUGACCAUUCAAGCCUGUCAAAUUCAGACUUUUCCUUGUGGCAAGCUCAUGCCAAAGACUCGUUCCCUCCCACCUUGGCACAAUGUGAUUUCAAUCAAGAGUUUCUUGCCCUCCAUUCUUCAGAGCCCUCUUUUGGGGGCGAACCUGCAGCCAACCUUGUAGAACGUGGUCACCUUUUCUUUCUCAGCCCUAACGUCCUGACACUCCUAGAGAGACAAGUCCAAAAGAGGAGUGUAUUCCUGAUGUGGAAGGAAAAGGAAAAGGAAAAUGGUUCUUUUCCAAAACAGCUUAGGCCAGACUCCCACCUAAAUUCUUCAGGAAAAAUGUUGGAUUCAACUGCUGAUAACCAUGACUCAGUAGUCACCCUUCCUUUCUGGAGCAGCAAAGGCAAACCAAAGGAACUAUACAUCCAUCAGCAGCCUUCACAUACGAAGACUUGGGAGGAUUAUUUGGUGAAAAAUCAUAUCCAGCUUUUCUGGGGUCUCCCAUCUUUGCACAGCGAGUCCUUGUCCUCUGCUGUCCAUGUCUUGUGUGACUAUUCCUCGAUCUUUAUUUUCAAUAGAAUAUCAAAUGUCUCCAUAGCCCAAGAAUUCCCAGUACUUUUUCAUCCCUUAUCUCCAUCCUUGCCUGAAGUCCAGCCUCAACCCUUGCCUCAAACCCUGCCCCAAUCCCAGCCCCAAUCCGAGCCCCUACCUCUCACUCAUAUCCAACCCCAGGCCCACCUUCAAUCCCCACUCCCAAUGCUACCAUCUGGUUCUUUACCCCAGCUGAGAAUCUGUGGAGUAUAUUUCCACAAACCCCAGAAUGAAUCGGAAAAUCUCACCUCAUCUGAAAUUCAAAACUUGGAAUGGAAUGUGUUGCAGAAGCAACAAGAAAGUUUGUGGGGUUUGCCCUCUGUGGUCCAAAGAUCUUAUGAAGACUUUUAUUCUUCAGCACCCAACCUUCCUUACCACCGGCCUACCCAGGCCCCUGUUUCAAUCUCCAUCCUUCCUGGAGAUUUUCCCCUCGACGAUGAGCUUCGCAAAAAACUAGAGCAUCACCUUCGAAAGAGCGAUGAUGGACGCUCAUGUAGCUCUGUGUAUAACGAUCAGGGUAGCACUGAUCUAACAGCUGGAUUGAGUCAACCUGAAAGCUUCUAUGAGGGGGGCUCAGAAAUAUUUCAGCUAAAGGAGGAUGAGGGGAAGGAUAAGAGACACAACCCACAGAAUGACCUAAUGUUGAGUGACUCAGAGAGCUCUUCAGUUAAGGAUCUGGAGUCUGAGAACUAUCUAGACAGUCACAUGAUAAAUCUGUCAGGAGAAAAUUCAAUGGUGUCAGGGCCGAGUCAAGGUCAGAGACAACUAGAAAAUGUCCUGAAAGUACAUUUGAGCAAGAAGUUUGAGGAAAUCUAUGAGGGUCGGCUCCCCGGGACUGUGCAUAAUUCAUGGCAUGCUAUCAAGCAGACACUGACUCCUUCUGUCCAAUCUCACACUGAAAUGAAACAGAGAAGUUCGCAACCAUUAGUCGGUGGAGACCACUCCCCGAAUACCUCCCAGGAGCUUUCCUUUGUUGGGUCCAGUACACGGCAGAUGCUGGAAGCCCAUAUUAGAAUGUUUCAUAUGAGGAUGCUGUGGGGCCUUCCCUCCAAGGUUCUUGAAUCCAUUGAGAUUUUUAAAUCAAAAGAUACCUUAUCCCAGUCCUCAUUCCAUUCCAAACUUUUCUCAUCAACCAACCUGAUUUCUGAUGUGAAUUCCAAAUCUGGGGGCUUUGCACCCCUUAGAGGAAGCUCUAAAUCUCUCCAUGGAGACAAAGUGGGAAUAGCAAAUUCAGCCCCUAUCCUAGAUCGUCCUCUCCCUGAAACCUUGCAUAAGAGCAAGGAAAGACAGGAGGCCCUGAGAUAUCCACCCUCUGAUAUCCACCAUGGGCUUACAGAGAAUGUUCAGAGAAUUACUGAUGCCAGACAGACUUUUCUGUCUGUCACACACAGUGUCAUAGGCAAAGCAAGUCAGAAAGAGCCUCUUCUAGUCAACAGAUGGCUCCCAAACCCGCCCACAGGGCCAGCUGGGGCCAAACAUGAGCCAAAGGUUAAAAGUGUGAGUUCCAGUGAUAAAGAAGAAAUGCAAUGGGGCAAAAAGAUGGAGAACAAAUCAGAACCUGCUCCUAUGCCAUACGUCUCCAGGGAGAUAUUCAGGGCUGAGACCAUCGAUGAUCUUCAAUCAAAUACUUUUGACAUCUUGACAAGCAGCGAGCUGGGAAUCUCCCAAAGGAUGAAUGUGAAUGACAGUAAAGGAGAAACUAUUGUUACCACUGAAAGCCCCCCAGCAAAUAUAUCAGUUCUCCAAGAUUCUAAAUCAACAGACCUUAAGAAACCAAUCCUCGGUGAGUUAAAGUCUACACUGAAGAACGGGGUGCAUAGCCAGACCCAAGGCCAAGCCAGUGACAUGUCCCUUGACUCAGACAGCUCGACCUACAAGACCUCCCUGACUCAUGCUCAGGGUGUCUCCAGUGUGGACAUGGAAGCUUCCCAGGUGCUACAUGUCCAUUUGGAGGACAGAGGAGUCAGUAUGGAGCAUCAGCAGAAGCCUUUGGUCCCUAAGCAUGACUUAAGGUGGUGCCAGGAUAAUUUCCCACCAGCAGAAAAGCAAGUGAGCCCUCCAAGCCCCAAAUCAGAAGAACUUGGUGGAGGAGAUGCAGGGCUGGGGUCAUCCCAACCUAGAAGGAAGAGUAUUCCUACUCAGGACAUGACAUUAUCCCAGACCCUAUCACAGAGGGGACAGUCUCCUGAAAGCCUUUUCAGAAAACAAAUUAAGGGCUUUUUUCAAUGGCUUCAUCCUAGGAAAAAAUGCAAAAUGCAAGAAAAUUCCCAGGAAAAGGGUAGCCCUAUAUCAUCUGCGCAGAGCAGAGGCCCAGAUAAAAGUAGAGUUGCCUUUCCUGCGACAAGCAAAGCUCAGAAAGUCACAACAGACACUAGGAAGUUCAUAGAGGCAAAACUGGGACAUCGCCAUACAAUAGCUGUCACCUGCCCUCAAGAACCCCUUCGCUCCCCAGGGACGUUCAGAAAAACUCAGCAGAACAUGGAAGUGUGGGCCCAAGCAGGGCCUGUCCAGGGGCAUCCUUUCAACUGCAGGGCUCCCUCUUGCAAAGUGCCAAAUACCAACUCCCGCCAACAAGAAGCAGCCUUUGCUGACCAGAGCUCUUCUACAGUUGACUUGCUCAGUACCACUGAUCACAGUUCAAUUAAACCACGAAGUUCAACUGACCCUGGCAGUUCAAACAUGCCUUAUGCAAGGUUUGAUAGUGAUAAAUCUGUGUGGGCAGAAGGUGGACUUAAAUUAUAUGCAGAUCUUCCACUGUGCAGGUGGUCUGCGCCCUACCCCAGCUUUGUUCAAGUGUUAACUCUAUCUACCUUCUUAGAGGAUAGAGACAUAUUUACUUCAUCACAGCCGACAUACCUAGCGAAGCUCGGAAACCUCUGGAGAAGGAACUAUAAGCAACGGGAGGGAUUCCUCUACAGAAGGCCCGCCCAAUGUGCUCUGGAGAAAGGGGACAUGUUCCAUGACAGGUCUGUGUUGACGGUGGCUUUUGGCCCCCCCAAGCAGCAGCACCAGGGCCAAAUGCUGAGCGGACUCACCUCAGGCUUCUGGGCCCUGCCUUCAUCGGUUCUGGAAGAAAAGAGUUGA